UGAAAUUACAUGGUCAUAAAAAAAAGAACCUCACAUGUGGUUACAUAAACCAAGUUAAGCCAAUGUCAAAACAACUCAGAGGAUGGCUUCGAGAAUGUGGUUAUCAACUUUGCGUCAUUUGAGAUUAGCACUGAAAGGAAAUAUUGGAAGAGAAUGUAAGAGAUCCGUUUAUACUACCAGUGUGUAUUAUAAAACUGAACCAGACUUAAGUGUGAAAGAAGUUCCAAAAGAAUCUAAGGGAUUCAUGGAGAAAACUAAAAUUGAUCGUGUAAAACAAGAAGACUUUGGCAAAUUGACAAAAGAAUUACAGCGAUCAAGAAGCAAUGCAUUUUUUUCCUUUGGAGUAUGUUCAGUUAUAACUUAUAUCUACUUAAUUUGCAAAGACGAAAAUGACAGAGACAUUAUAGCUAACUUGAAGAUGCUGAGGAAUGAAGAGUCUAUUUGUAUGGAUACUAUUGCUAAAAUGAUCAUCAGUCAACCAAACAAGGAUUCGUUGAUGUUUCGUAAGCGACUUAGGGACAUCAGGGAAGAAAUUGAAAUGAAUGAGAAAAAGUUAGAAGGACUGGAUUUACCUACCAAAUAACUGUUGAUUUUCACAGUAUCAUGAAAUGUAUUGAAAUCUCUUUUUAUCUAUAUACUUGUAUGGGUAAACAAUUUAUUUUUGUUUUCUUUUGUUAUUCCUUGUCACUAAUUGAACAAACCACU